AUGCGAGGUCGGGUCAUCUCCUCCAACUUCUUAAAACGGACCGCUUCUCGACCUUUCCAUUCAGCCACCGGGAUCCAGCGAUCGUCUGUUGAUGCGUCGCCUGAUGCGUCGCCUGCAACGCAUUGCCCGGUCGCGUGGAUGAAGAUUCAAGUGCAGCAGAUCAAUGGCGACACAUCCGUCUUCGAGCUGAUGCCAGAGAUGACGAUGGGGGACUUCAAAGAAAUGCUGAAGGCAGAGCUGUCCUCAUCGAGGGAAGGCAUCCAGUCAAGAAGGACGGUCAAAGUGGAAGUCAUGGUCAAUGGCACUCCCUUCCAGCGGAGCGAUGGUGAGACAGUGCUGGAAGCAGGGAUGGCUCCGGAGGUUGAGGUGCAAGCGCUCCUCACCGUUGAUCCCAUCAUUUGCUGCAGUCGCGCAGAGUCUGGCUAUGCAUCGGAGGACCUGGUGGUGGUGAACAUCCCACGGACGGUGACGUGCUGCGAGGGCUUGACCUACUGGGAGUAUCCUACCGUCAUUCCUCAUGGCGCGAUGGCGAAGGUUGUAACUCUUUGA